ACCCCGAGAUCACAACCUGAGCUGAAACUCAAGAGUGGGACGCUUAACCGACUGAGCCACCCAGGCGCCCCGUGGGCACGUUUAAAUGCUGCUGGGAAGGAGGAGAUGAGAAUGCAGGCAGAGGACCUGGUUACCCGGAGGAGGUGCUGGCGAGACCUUCAUCCCUUCUAGCGUUUCGAGAAUUGUGCCAGAUACGAGGAGAGAUGGGGAACAGCAGAAGCCAGUCGGGGCAGAAGUUUUGCUCACGGUUUCUUCCUGAGGAGCAGGCGGAGAUCGAUAGACUCUUUGAUGCUCUGUCGUCGGAGACGCACAGCCCCAGUACCUCGCCCCGAUCCUUCUCUCUGAAGGCGCUAAAGAGCCACAUUGGGGAAGCUCUUCCCCCGGAGAUGGUCACCAGACUCUAUGACGGCAUGCGGAGGGUUGACCUGACGGGGAAGGCCAUGAGGCCCAGUGACAGCGUCUCCCAGGAGCAGUUCACCGUGUCCAUGUCCCACUUGUUGAAGGGAAACUCGGAGGAGAAGAGUCUUGUGAUCCUGAAAAUGAUUUCUGCCACAGAAUGUCCUGUGAAAGCAAGAGAAGUCCAGAAGUUUACAGAGGAUCUGGUUGGCUCUGUGGUUCAUGUGCUCAACUACAGACAGGAGCUGAGAGGCUGGACCCAGAAGAGAGGCCCAGGGCCCCCCUCCAGGGUGCAGGUGCUGGCCGCCCAGCUCUUCUCCGAGAUGGACCUCCGAGGUGGCGAGAAGAUUCUGGGGCCUCAGCAGCUGGACUGUGAGUGUGACCGAGCCACCAUCGAGGACUGGGUGUUCAGGGCCCCCCACGUGGCCACGUUUCUGAGUGUGGUCAUCCACAGAGGCUUCCUCCUCCUGUGCUCCUCCCUCGACCUGACCACCCUGGUCCCCGAGUGUCACGUUGACCAGGAGAGGGUGUUUGAGAGCAUCCUGGACGUCCUGUCGGUCAUCUACAUCAACUCCCACCUGCGCAGGGAGCAGCAGGGCCGUUGGCACCUGCUCUUCUCGUCUGAGCUCCAUGGGCACAGCUUCGCGCAGCUCUGCGGCCACAUCACCCACCGGGGCCCCUGCGUGCUGCUGUUGGAGGACCACGAUGGCCAGGUGUUCGGCGGGUUUGCCUCCUGCUCCUGGGAGGUCAGGCCUCAGUUUCAAGGGGAUGACGCAUGCUUCCUGUUCUCCAUCUACCCCCGCAUGGCCGUGUACACCUCCACGGGUUAUAACGACCACUACAUGUACCUGAAUCACGGGCAGCAGACCAUCCCGAACGGACUGGGCAUGGGAGGACAACACAGUUACUUCGGGCUGUGGAUCGAUGUGGAUUUUGGGAAAGGACACAGCAAGGCCAAGCCCAAGUGCACCACAUACAACAGCCCUCAGCUGUCGGCCCAGGAGAACUUUAGCUUUAAGAAGAUGGAGGUGUGGGCAGUGGGGGACAGCUCAGGGUCGCAGCAGGCCAAGAGCAGCAAAAGCAUCCUGGAUGUGGACCCUGAGGCCCAGGCCCUGCUGGAAAUCAGUGGGCGGAGUCGCCACAGCGAAGGGCUCCGGGACGUCCCAGAGGAUGAAUGAGGAGGUGCCCCCGAGCUCAGGCCUUCCUGGAGCUGGAUGCUGGCCCCCUGGACAGAGCGCAGCCUGCGGAGCCCUCCCCCAUCUCACGUGUUCAACAGGGCUGCACUGUGCGUGUCCAGGCGGUCCAGGACAUGCUGAAUCAGAACACAGUAAAAUUCCUUUGAUGUUAUGUAUGGAUUGGUGGGUGCAUCUUGCAGAAAUCCCGAGUGUCCAUUAGCAACUUAAUCCUUGUAUGCUGUUCAUUUUUCGUCAAUUGAAAUCCGGAGACAUGGACAGGACCUGUACCUGCGUUAGCGUCCGAUGGGCACGUGCGUUCCUGCCAUGCAGGGCGGGGCUCUGCCUGCUGGGGGUCACCUGGCCCCUGCUCGAGCCAUUGCAGUUAAAAACGUGCCUUGAUGUCCCAUUCCAGCUGAUAAAGGGCAGAGGCAUUGGGAUGUGAGUCUCAACGCCUUUUGGGAGCAGCUUCCUAUGACCUGAAAUUUCUGUAUUU